UCCACUUGUGAGAUUCGGGCUCCAGGAUGGUACCUUGAGGUACCUUGUUGGGAUUUAGAUUGGAGGAGAGUCACCUGGGUACCUGGUGCCGUGCGGGCGGGAUAGAUGACAGAGAUACGGACCCACGUGGGCUUUCCUUCGGGAGCUGGAGCGCUCGUGUGACUGAUCCCACGAUGGGAGCCUGAGGACCCUGUCGUCUGUCUGGGAUCUGGGGAAGAUGAAGGCCGAAGCUAAUAACAGGUACCUCAGGAGGGUCGUCAUUACCCAGGAGAACGAGCACCUGCCUCCUGGGGGCCAGGAACCUGCCGCCCUUCAGGUGACUAGGGGUCCUCGAGGGAGCACCACAACGACUAUCCUUCAUCGCCCUGGUGCAGCGGGCGGAGCUCUGUGCAGGUUGAACAGGGGUGCCUCCAUCACCAGGCAGAGGAGGGGAUCCUCCAACAGGCAGAGGGUCCUGGGGGUGAUCGCGUUGACUCUGCUGGCUACUUGCGUCUUCACUCUGCUUCUUCUCGCCCUGAACACCUCGAGGGAGUGUGUCGAGAAAGGGCCGAACGUCUGCAUGACCGAGGAGUGCGUCAGGACUGCGGCGAGUCUACUGACAGCGAUGGACAGGACUGCUGCACCCUGUGUGGAUUUCUUCCAAUAUGCAUGUGGAGCCUGGAAUAGGAUCCACGUGAUCCCGGAGGAUCGAAGCUCCAUCAGCACCUUCGAGGUCCUGGCCGACCAGCUUCAGGUCAUCCUGAAACGCCUCCUGGAGGAACCUCCGAACCAGGACGACAACAACGCGACCCUUAAGGCCAAGAUGUUCUACAAGUCCUGCACGGACAUCCCUCAGAUACGAGAGAUCGGGGACGAGCCCUUGAGGAGAACCCUGAAGAACCUAGGAGGGUGGCCGGCGGUUGAAGGCUCCUCUUGGAAACCACCCUCGUACCCCAUGGAGGUCCUUCUUGGACGUCUCCGAGGAGAAUACAACGAGGGUGUCUUAUUGGAGCAGUGGGUCGGUCCCGAUGACAAAAACUCCUCAACAAACAUCCUCCAGUUGGACCAGAUGCAAUUGGCUCUUCCCAGCAGGGAUUACUAUCUGAAGAAGAACAGCGAGACCGACCUUAAGGCCUACCACAAGUACAUGACGAACGUCGCAGUCCUUCUGGGAGCGAAUCCUCAGACCGCGUCGAAGGAGUUCGACAGAGUCAUCGUCUUGGAGAAACAGCUGGCAAACGCGUCUCUACCCGAGGCGGACAGGCACGACACUUCGGCGAUUUACAGGAAGCUCAGCCUGCGGGAACUUCAGGCGAAAGUUCCCCAGCUGAACUGGAAGCUUUACCUGCAGGAGUUCCUAAGUGCUCCAAUUACCGAAGAGGAACCUGUCGUAGCGUACGCGAUGACCUAUUUCGUGCAGAUGGGUCAAAUCAUCGAAAAGACAGACAGAAGGACCUUGCACAAUUACAUCCUAUGGCGUCUGGUAAUGUCCAUCAUGCCCCACAUGAUAGAGGACUACCAACAGAAGAGGAUCGAGUUCCGGAAGAUCCUGCUGGGGAUUCUGAGCGAGAGGAAUCGCUGGUCCCAGUGUGUGGAGUGGACCAACAAGAAGCUGGGCAUGGCCGUGGGUGCUCUUUUCAUCCGGGAUAACUUUAACCACGAGAGCAAGGAAACCGCCCUGGAGAUGAUCCACACCAUCCGAGAGGCAUUCAACGAGCUCCUGGCAGAGAACCAUUGGAUGGACGACGAAACCAGAGCGGUUGCAAAAAGUAAAGCAGACGCCAUGAACGAGAGAAUCGGGUACCCUGAGUUCCUGAAGGACCCGGACGAGUUGUCGAUGGAGUACGUCAAGCUAAACAUCACGAAGGACCACUUCCUGGAGAACGUCUUCGCAGUGCUCAGGUACGACGCUUACCACAACCUGGAGAAAUUGCGACAACCCGUGGACAAGAACAGGUGGUCCACGGAACCUGCCGUGGUGAACGCCUUCUACAACCCUAAUAAUAACGACAUCGUCUUCCCUGCCGGGAUCUUGCAGCCUCUCUUCUACUCUCAGCACUUCCCAAAGUCCUUGAACUACGGGGGAAUCGGCGUGGUUAUCGGGCACGAGAUAACCCAUGGGUUUGACGAUAAGGGCCGCCAGUUCGACAAUGAUGGGAACAUGAUGCAGUGGUGGAACAACGCCACGAUCCGCGCCUUCAGGGAGCGAGCUCAGUGCAUCGUUGACCAGUACUCUCGGUACAAGCUACCGGAAGUGGACCUCUACGUGGACGGAAGGAUGACCCAGGGCGAGAACAUUGCCGACAACGGCGGCCUGAAGCAGUCCUUCAGGGCCUACAAGAAGUGGGUUUCCGUCCACGGGGAGGAGCCGCUGCUUCCGGGGGUGAACCUAACCCACGACCAACUCUUCUUCCUGAAUUACGCGCAAAUCUGGUGCGGCUCCAUGAGGCCCGAGGACGCCUUGACAAAGAUCCGCAGUAGCGUCCACUCUCCGGGUCCCAUAAGGGUCAUAGGGCCUCUUUCCAACAGCGAGGACUUCGCUCGUGCAUAUAACUGCCCAUCGGGCUCGCCCAUGAACCCCACACACAAGUGCAGUGUCUGGUAAGGGCUUCCCAAGGCAGACGGCGACCUCGUCCCGGGACUUCGGAUACUGACGUAGACUUAGGCUCGAACACAGGGUAGGAACUCGCUGGCGCAGAGUUUCAUCGGCCCGGUAAGACCUCCAGGGGUACCAGGCCGAAGAACGAACGGGUUGACCUCGUUUCCUCAGGACGGCCGAUCGGAUCGACGCCGAUCGAUCUCCGCUGGAAACUGAGCUUUGUAUCUCGCCGCUAAAGUUCGUCCACGUGUAAAUAUUGGACUGCCCCCAAGCCCCGCCGUAAUGCACAGCCGAGGGUGGUCGUCGUAGCGCGAUUGCACUCGCCUGUAUCGGAUCCGACUACGCCGGAAGAGCACCAAAAUGGCGCCCUGAAGGGAUCUACGAUAGUCCAAAAUCUCUCCCAAAGCGAGUCACCACAUAAAAGACGCGCAAAAUGGAGCCAACAGUUCCAAAGGGCACUUUCCGGAGGUAACUUUCGACGCAAAACUCCCACCAGUGAAAUUCAGCCGCGCCGCCAUCUUGGAUUUGUCAUUCUCGCUACGAGCGCACAUAUUGUAUACCGUAUUCGACCGAAAGAGGAACAGAAAUAGCGUCCUGAAGGGAUCUAUGAUAGUCCAGAAUCUCUCCUAAAGCGAGUCACCACAGAAAAGACGCGCAAAAUGAAGCCAACAGUUCCAAAGAGCACUUUUCGGAGGCAACUUCGAACGCAAAACCCCCAAUAGUGAAAUUCAGCCGCGGCGCCAUCUUGGAUUUUUAAUCUUCGCGACGAGAUCACGUAUCGAGCGUGCCAUCGAAACUAAAGGGGCGACCUCGCAUAAUAUGAUAUUACAAACUUACCGAGAGGAACGU